AUGCAACCUCUCUCCUGGUCUCUGGUCCUUCUCACACCCAUCUCCUGGCAGGUGCUGUCCCUGGGCGCUGAUGUUCUCCCCGAGUACAAGCUGCAGGCGCCACGCAUCCACCGAUGGACCAUCCUGCACUACAGUCCCUUCAAGGCUGUGUGGGACUGGCUUAUCCUUCUGCUGGUCAUCUACACAGCCGUCUUCACCCCCUACUCCGCCGCCUUCCUGCUCAAUGAGGAGCAGGUGGAGGAGAAGCGCUGGGACUGCAGCUACUCCUGUGACCCACUCAACAUCAUUGACCUCAUCGUGGACAUCAUGUUCAUCGUGGACAUUGUCAUCAACUUCCGUACCACCUACGUCAACAUCAACGAUGAGGUGGUGAGCCACCCUGGCAAGAUUGCCAUACACUACUUCAAGGGAUGGUUCCUCAUCGACAUGGUUGCUGCCAUCCCCUUUGACUUGCUCAUCUUCCGCUCCGGCUCUGAUGAGACCACCACCCUCAUUGGUCUCCUGAAGACCGCUCGGUUGCUGCGCCUGGUCCGCGUGGCCCGCAAGCUGGACCGCUACUCCGAGUAUGGAGCAGCCGUGCUCUUCCUGCUCAUGUGCACCUUCGCCCUCAUCGCCCACUGGCUGGCCUGCAUCUGGUACGCCAUCGGCAAUGUGGAGCGGCCCUACAUGGAGCACAAGAUCGGCUGGCUGGACAACCUGGGUGACCAGAUCGGCAAACGCUACAAUGACAGCGACCUCUCCUCUGGCCCAUCCAUCAAGGAUAAAUAUGUCACUGCCCUCUACUUCACCUUCAGCAGCCUCACCAGUGUGGGGUUUGGCAACGUUUCACCCAACACCAACUCCGAGAAGAUCUUCUCCAUCUGUGUCAUGCUUAUUGGCUCUCUGAUGUACGCCAGCAUCUUCGGCAACGUCUCCGCCAUCAUCCAGCGCCUGUACUCGGGCACAGCGCGCUACCACACGCAGAUGCUGCGGGUUAAGGAGUUCAUCCGCUUCCACCAGAUCCCCAACCCCCUGCGCCAGCGCCUGGAGGAGUAUUUCCAACACGCCUGGUCCUACACCAACGGCAUCGACAUGAACGCGGUGCUGAAGGGUUUCCCCGACUGCCUGCAGGCAGACAUCUGCCUCCACCUCAACCGCACGCUGCUGCAGAACUGCAAGGCUUUCCGAGGAGCCAGCAAAGGCUGCCUGCGCGCCCUGGCCAUGAAGUUCAAGACAACUCACGCGCCGCCCGGAGACACCCUGGUGCACUACGGAGACGUCCUCACCACGCUCUACUUCAUCUCCCGGGGCUCCAUCGAGAUCCUCCGGGAGGACAUUGUGGUGGCCAUCUUAGGGAAGAACGACAUCUUUGGGGAGCCCAUCAGCCUCUAUGCUCGCCCAGGGAAGUCUAAUGCUGAUGUGAGGGCCCUGACCUACUGUGACUUGCACAAGAUCCAGCGGGAGGAUCUGCUGGAGGUCUUGGACAUGUACCCAGCCUUCUCUGACAACUUCUGGAGCAACUUAGAGAUCACCUUCAACCUCCGAGAUGCAGACAGCGUUCCCCGCUCACCCCUCAGCGAGGAGUACGACUGCACCUACCGACGGGCGCACCGACGCAAGCACUCCCUUUGCCAGCCUGACAAGCCUGACCCAGACACGGGCAUCUCUGAUGCAGAGCAGUAUCACACCUACUCAGAGCUCACCAACCCGCAGGACCCGCUGAGUAAGGACCAGUGGGAUGACCUGGGCAGCAGCACCACUCCCUGUUCCCAAACCAGCGAUGACGAGGUCAAGACUGGCAGCCCUGCGAAAGCUGAGCCCUUCCCACCCAAAAAGGAUGACUUUGCUCUGCCCACGCUCAGCCUCGUCACCGCGAGCGCCGGUGGCACAGAGGUCGGCAAGCAGGCAGCGGAGAGCAGCCAGUCCUACGCAGCCACUCCCUUGGACAUCCCCAACAUGUUCACCUUCUGGGAGGACCGAAAGCCAAACCAUCACUCGGAGCCUCUGGAACACAUCUCCUUGGUACACAGCUCGCGGGACAUCCCCCUGCAGAGCGACAGCAGACCAGGGCAGAUCGAGUCCAGGCUGGAGCUGCUGCAGGCCCAGCUCAGCAGGCUGGAGUCCAGGAUGUCGUCAGACAUUAAUAUAAUCCUCCAGCUCCUGCAGCGCCAGCUGUCCCAAGUGCCGCCCGCAUACAGCCCCAUCUCGCCAUCCUCCCACAACCUGGCCAUGUACGGCAUCGUCCCGCGGAGCCUGGAGCCGCUCACUCCCUGCGCGCCCCCGAAGGAUGAGGAGAUGACGACCCUGGAGCAGAGCCCAAGCUACACGGAGGUAGAAAAGUUCCACUUGAAAUCCAGGGACUCCUUGUCAAGCGGGAUGCACCUUGAUGUGGCGUCUGAUGAAACCGUGACAGUCUACUCCGAGCAGGAGCACCAUUCCCCACCUCUCCCGAACCCAGAGCCUCCCCACCAAAGGGUACCAAAUACCCAGGGACUCUUCCGGGGCUCUCGUUUCCCUUCCCUCCCUGAGCACUUGGAGGCAUCUUCCGAGCACCAGGACAUUCAGAGACACCUCUCCGACCCAGUGCUUCCUGGAAGUUAG